AUGAACCAAGGACGACUUUGGAGUUCAAAUCCAAAAUCAGUACCUGAUUUCACCAUUCUGUCGUAUUUAUUUGAACAACAUAUUGUAAUGACGGUUGAAAAGAUUUACACUGACUGGGCCAACCACUACCUAGCAAAAUCGGGCCACAAGCGGCUGAUCAAGGAUUUGCAACAAGACAUUGCAGAUGGAGUACUGCUAGCAGAAAUCAUCCAGAUCAUUGCAAAUGAAAAAGUUGAAGAUAUCAAUGGAUGUCCUAGAAGUCAGUCUCAGAUGAUUGAAAAUGUUGAUGUCUGCCUUAGUUUUCUAGCAGCCAGAGGAGUAAAUGUUCAAGGUUUAUCUGCUGAAGAAAUAAGAAAUGGAAACUUAAAAGCCAUUCUAGGGCUGUUUUUCAGUUUGUCUCGCUACAAGCAGCAACAACACCAUCAACAACAGUACUACCAGUCCUUGGUAGAACUUCAGCAGCGAGUCACUCACGCUUCCCCCCAAUUGGAAGCCAGUCAGGCCAAAACUCAGCAAGAUAUGCAGUCCAG